AUGAAGGCUUAUAAACCCCUUUUCGUUGCCGCGCUAGGCACACUGGUUACAAGUGAGCGUUCUGUGUCGUCUCCCGAGUCCCCUCUCGUGAACAUCUCGUCACUCAAUACCGCCGACCAAGACACCUACCCAGCCGACAUCACGAUCGCCAGCGGUACAAAUCCCGAUCAACUCGUUCACACCUCUGCAAUCAAAGAUAUUGACUGGGACAAGUCCGUGUGUCGAGGCCGAAAACUCCUCCUCGCAAUGACCCGAGAUGCCAGCCAAGGCACACGCUAUAUCAACCCCCUAUUUACACCGUGGGACGGCGAUCUUGAAAAAGAGAUGGUGGAAUGGGGAUGGGAUAAUUGGCAAGAACACAAAGGCUGGUGCAACUUCAAGGAUAAUGGAUUGUCGCCGGCAUUAAAAGCUCUGGGCAUCAGUGACCAGCAUGUCGACGACAAAGGCGAUAACCAAUGUUGGGUUGCGAACCAUUUCGAUGGUCCAGGUGUGCUCUUCAAUCCGGAUGACCCUGAUGAUAUAGAUGAUUCGGACGAUGAGAUGUUGGCCAUGGAUGAUCAGUAUUAUAUGGAUCCAAACGGGCAAAGAAAGAGGUGCACAGGCGCGUCAUACGCUAUGGGCAUCAACGUACCCGCCAGUGUCCUAUACUUCAUCUCACGUACAGGGCCGCUAGAAGCAGCAAAGUGGUUGUGGGAGAGAACGCCGCAAUCUUCCGAACUUCCCAAUCUUAGGACGAGCUCCGAUCUAGCAUGGAGUUUGUGGCACAAGAUCAUGUGGUCUGACCACCCCCUUAGCAAUAUCCGUAAGAUAUUCAGUCUAUAUAUUACCAAUGAGGAGACGAAUGAUAUCGUGGAAAGGGCACUUGGUAUAGGACCAACAGACGAUAUGAAGAAGUGGCCUGGAGUGAGUUUCGACUCGACAUCGGAGGAGGGUUUGGCUAUCCUUGGAUCAGCCAAUGGUCGCGCAGUGGGUUACUUCCUUGCUCAGCAUAAGCAUCAGUUGGGUGGAGACAAAUACGUCUCCAAGAUGACUGUCUUUGAGGAUGAAAACGAGGGCAAUCCGCAUGCCACAAUUCUCUUCUGGAUCGAUGAUGUGCCUUCGCCACCGCCGGAGUUGCCGGAGCCUGGCGCGCCGCCUGGUGAUCAUCCCAUGGACACUUCGCCUGGGAUGGUUCAGUCAAAAGUUGUGAGGAGGAGGGAUCAUGGAAGGAGUAUCACAAGGAAACACGUGAUUUGGGUAGGCCCGGAAUAG